AUGAGCGCCGCCGUUGAAAGCAAAAUGGAGAUACAAGGGGAAAAUGAUAACCAAUGUAAUAACGAAAAAAAUAAUGAUUUAAAUAAAGAAAAUGCUCAAAAUGAAGUUAAUAUAAAUGAAAACGACACAAAUGUAAACCCUGAUGAUGAACAAAAUAAAGCCAAUACAAAUAAUGACAACGAUGAUAGUGAAAAGAAAGAAAAAGAGGAAAAUAAAAGCAGUAAUAGAUGGGCUGAUAUGUGUGAAGAUUUUGAUUCUCCAUUAGUUGAUACCUAUAAUGAUGAUAAUGCCAUGAAAAAUAAAACGGUGGAUAAUAAUUAUAGCAAUGGUGACGUUAAUAAUCCCAAGCAAAAUUAUUUUGUUCCUUCGAAAAAUGAUAUGAAUAAUUAUUCAAAUAUCUACGAAAUAUACGUUCGAAAUCUUCACUUAGAUAUUACAAAAGAAGAGAUCUAUACUAUGUUUGAAGGAUACCGAAUAAAGAGAAUCAACAUUUUGAACAAAAAGGGAAAAACGGCAGCAGCUUAUAUCGAAUUUGAUAACGCAGAAGAUAUGAACAGGUCAUUAGAAUUAAAUGGAAAAAUGCUUUAUUCAGGAAAUAAUACAUUUGAACAUGGUACAAUUUCAGUUAUAAUUAAUAAGGAUAAAACAAAAGCUUUUAAUUUAAAUCAAAAACAAAAUAAAUUCAAAAAAACAGUAAAUAGAAAUAAUAAUUUUGGUAAUGUGAGACAAGGUAAUAAUGCUAUGAAUAAUUAUAAUAAUAACAAUGCAAACAAUAGUGGCAAUAAUAAUAUGAACGGCAAUAAUAUGUUUUCAGGAAAUAAUAAUUCCUAUUUUAACGAUAACAAUAAUAAUAUGAGAAUGGGAAUGAAAGGAGGAAAUGAUAAUAUGAAUUCAAGUUUUAAUUACAAUAAUAUGAAAGGAAAUUAUAUGAACAACCAACAAGGAAUGAACAACAUGAAUGCAAAUCAGUCAAAUAACAACAUGCAUAACCAAGGUGAUAAUAAAAACUCGAAUUCUCAUUUUGCUUUUAAAAAUAUGAAUUAUCAAAACAAUAAUAGUGGUAAUAAUAAUUCAAAUAAAAAUGCAAAUGCUGAUAAUACAACCGGUGAACAAGCACCUGCUACAUCAGAACAACGAAAAAAAUUAGUUUUAAAAAAAAGAACAGUACCAUUAGAUCAAAACAGUUAUGUCGCCAAUCCAAACAUUUUUGGUGAAGCUAAACCCGUUGAUACAAACCCAGAUAAAAUUAUAAAUGAAAGUAUUUCAAAAGAUAAAGAUAAUAAUAGUGGAGAAGAAAAUAAUAGUAGUGAGCAAAAAUUGGAAAAUCAAGAAGAAGAUGAAUCAGGAGUGAAAGGAAACAAUGAAAAUAGAAAAGGAAUGACAGGAGGAAAUUCAAAUAAAAAUGUAUUUAAUUAUAAAAAAAAUAACAAUUUAAAUAGGAAUUCAAAUUAUAAUAACUUUAAUAAAAAUAAUGCAAAUAAUACUGGAAAAAAUAGUAGUGGAGCAAAAAAAAAUGUAUUUACAAUGAAUAAAAAUAAUGCAGGUAAUAACAAUAAUAGUAAUAUGAAAAAUUUAGAUAAUGCUGGUAAUGGAAAUAUGAGCGGUAUCGGAUCCGAUGGGAAUAUGAAACGAAUGAAUAUAAACAAAGGGUUUAAAAAUUCAGAUGGAAAUAAUAUGGCUUACAAUAAUAAUAGUGGAAGCGGUAUGAAUAAUCAUGGAUAUAACUCUAAUGCUGAUGGAGAAGGAAAUACAAAAUCGGGAUAUAACAAAAAUUCAAAUUAUAUGAAUAAUUAUGAUAAUAAUAAUAAAAAUGCAUUUUCUACGUUGAGAAAUAAUUUAAAAUCCGAUAAAAAAAAUGAAGAUGGAAUGUAUGGAGGUAAAUCAAAAGAUUUAAAUAUUAUUAAAAAAGAUGAUAAAGCAAAUAUAAAGAAUAUAAUUAUGAAAAAUAUUAAGCGUGAAGAUGGUCACAAUAGAAGUAAUUCCAAUGUGAGAAAUAAUUCAGCAAUCGGUGGUGGAUAUAAAAAUAAUAAUAGUUCAUAUAAUAAUGAUGAUAGUCAAAAUAUGAGAGGGGGCAAAAAUUAUGGUAAAUUUGGGUCAGAUAAUGAAGGAAUAAAUAAAGAUAAUCAUAACAUAAGAAAGGGAAAUGAAAAUAAUUCUAAAAAAAAUGAAGAACCAUUUGAAAAUAUGAACAGAAAUAUAAAAGGAUCAGGUGAUGGAGAUAAUUAUAAUAAAAACUCAAAUUCUUAUAAUUAUAAUAUCGAAAAUUUAUAUGACAGUUCUUUAAAAUAUGUAAAAAAUUCAAACAAUUCAAGUAAGGCAAAAAAGAUUACUUCAAUUAAAACAGUUAAAGUUAUUGCUACUGAAAAAAAAAAUGACGAAGAAAAUAAUAGACACCUUGAUUCAAAAGAUAAAAAUAAAGAUGAUAUAAAUAAUGAUGGAGGAGAUGGAGCUAGCUAUAAUAACAAUAAUGAAUCUAAUUCUAAUAAAUAUUAUGACCAUGACAGUAAAAAAAUAGAUAAUAAUUAUGAUGACUCACAUCGAAGUAAUAAUGAUAAUUAUACAUAUGAAAGUGAUAGUUCUGAAAAUGGUAAAGAUAUUACUAGCAAAAAUCUAAAAUCAACUUUAUUACAAAAUAAAACAAAAAAAAAAAUGAAAAAAAAAAUGAACAAUGAUAAUGAAGAAAAUAAUAAUAUAGGUGAUGAAAAUAAUCCACAUAGUAAUAAUACACAAAGAACUGGAAAAAGUCAAAAAAUCGAUAUUUUAGUUAAACCUAAUUUGAAAAAAGGUGAAAAUAUAUGGGAAGCAAGAACAAAUUUAUUAGAAGAACAUAAAGAAAAUAGUAAUGCCUUAUCAAAUGAUAAAGAUUCUUCUUCUAAUUCUCGAAAAAGUCGUUCCCAUUCCAACAAGGUUAGCAGAACAAGUAGCAAAAGAAGAGACUCAAGUGCUCGAAGAAGAGAUGACAGCAGACGAAGAAGUAGAUAUAGCAGACGGUAUGAUAGACGAGAAAGUAGAAGGGAUGAUAGAAAAUCAGAUAGACGCGAUGAAAGAAGACAUAGUAGAAGAAGUGAAAGUAGAAGAGAUGGUAGUAGGAGAGAUGGAAGUCGUAGGGAUAGAAGUCGAAGAGAUGAUAGUAGAAGAGAUGAUAGAAAAGAAGAUAGUAAAAAAAGAGAAGAUAGAGAUGACUCAUAUGGUCAUAGAAAACAUAGUAGAAAUUAUGAAAAAAGAAGUAGCAGAAGUAAUAAUUAUGAAAGAAGAAGAAGUAGUAAAUAUGACUCAUUAGAUAAAAAAACUUAUGAUAGUAAAGGAUAUAAUUCUUCUGAUGAUAAAAAAAAACAUAGAGAUUCCUAUGAUAAAAUAAAUUAUAAAGAAUCCUAUGAUAGAGCAUAUAGAAAUUCACAUGAUAGAUUAAGUUAUAAAGAUGGCUAUGAAAAAAAUGGAAGAGAUAGUUACCAUAGAAAUAGUAAUUAUAUGGAAUACGACAAAAUGGAUAAUAAAUAUUUUUCAAAUAAUUAUAGUUCCAUGAGACAUAAAAAUUAUGGUAGUAACGGAAGUAAACAUCAUAAUUUUCAUUCAAAGAUGAGUAAUUAUAGUUAUUCAAAUAAUUAUAAAUCAUCAAGUUAUUAUAAGUAUCCAUCAAAAAAUGGGUCAUAUUAUAAAAGUCCAAAAACACAAUUAAAAACAAGUGAAAAAGAAAAAUCAGAAUCUAAAUCAGAAAUACAAACAGUUCCUAAAAAAGCCAUCGUUUCAACUGUCAAAACAAAUAAUGUUUCAAUCAAAAAAAAUCGAUAUGAAUGUUUAGAUGAUGGUGAUGAAAGUGAUAAAUAA